CAUUUCUCGAAGCGUUAGAUUAUAAUGAUAAUGAUAAUCUUUCAAAAGAAAAAAUGAAAAAAAUGAUUGAUAAGUUGUUUUUAAAAUGUGAUGAAAAGGCUAAAGAAAUUACUGAUGAAAAAGUGAAAAAAACGUUAAAUGAAAUAGAUGAACAAAGAGGUUCUUGGACAAAUGAGGGUUAA